AAUUCCACAGUCUCAUUCACAGGGCUGAGAACCUCAGGGUUAAGUUGCACAAAGUGAAACUAACUGAAAUGUGCCCCCUGCGCUGCACGCUGUGCUGUGCUGCCCUGGGGAGAUGUGGCUUUAAGCUGCUGUCCCAGCCCCUUCCCACUCUCAAGAAGGACUGGGCCAAAAGAGAUCUGAUGAGGUUCAACAAGCGUAAGGAUUUUUAUCUCUCUAGGCCGAUCUGAUCAGAAGAUCUCGGGGAGCCUUACAGUUUAUCUCCCGCUGAGUCCCCCUUUUAAGGCCAUCUAUCAGAGCUGACUUUAAUGAACUCCACACACACAAAGCUAUAAAAUAAAACAACAACACUUUAUUUGCUAAGGGGAGAGGAAGGAAUGGAAAGGGGAAUGGAUUACUGAUUCUGGAGAUUCGGAAUAACACACAGGCACUUAUAAUACAAGAUGUUCUAUCUUUACAGACAUCAGCGAUAAAGGGGUGCAGGAUCCAGAAAAGAGAAGCCAGUAGUGAACACUGACCGUGGACAACAGAUGAAACAGACAGACGAACUAUUGCAAGAAGGUGUGGAUACAACAGUACAUUGAGAGCCGAGAAGGAAGGACUGUGCUGGAGUACUAAUUCUGAACAUGGCACUAGGUCUUUCAUGAACCCAAGGAGCUGAUAUAUUUCCAGAAACCCACCCCAUGGUACAUGCUCAGGAUGUUGCUAAGAAGAAUGGAGAUAGUAAGUCUAAAUCAGGAUCUGGCAACGGACAUUCGUGCUCAUCUCCUGCGAGGAUGCGGAGGAAAUCCAGACACGCCAGCCCUUCUUUUCAGGAUGAAGAGGACGAGGACGAUCCCAUCUACGUGCAUGGUGACGAAGGCUACAGCCCCAACCUCAGGGGCAACUACUUCCGAGAUGGGCAAACCAAGAUCGACUUCGUGCUGGUGUGGGAGGAGAAGGUGCGGCCCCCGAAGAAGAGGAGGGGGAAGCUGGCGGCUCACGAGGCCAGAGGCGACCGGCCACGCGGGCACCACGAGCACUGGAGGAGGAAGUUCCUCAACAACCUGAGAAAUGCCGGGCUGCUGAUGGAGAAGGAGGAGAUGCUGAGCGAGCGGAAAACCAUCCACUACCUGAAGCUGAGCGCCCCGUGGGACGUGCUGGUGUUCUACGCCGAGGAGCUGUGCCUGCGAGCGCCCCUGCAGGCCCAGCCCAACCCGGACUGGAACAGCUCCGCCGAGGUCCUGAGGAGACUCUGCACCCCCAACGCCCUGCACCAGCACGUCCCCAGCAAGCCCGCGGACUAUUACACCUGCGCCUUCCGCAGGUCCAAGCUGGACAAGUUCCUGGGCAGCGACUCCCGGGACUCCUACUUCAGCAACACGCAGAGACAUCGCAUCGUCUAUGAGAUCCUGGCUCGCACCAUCUACGGGAAGCGGAAACGUGCCGAGAUCGGGAUCAACCGGCUGCUGAACGAGCGGGUGUACGGCGCUGCCUUCCCGCUGCACGAGGGCCCCUUCGAGACGCCUGAGUCUGAGGUCCCCGAUGAAGCCCUGAACCCUCGCCAAGUCCUCUACCGCUUCUGGGCCCAGUGGGGCUGCUGGUACCGGUACCAGCCGCUGGAUCACAUCCGCCAGUACUUCGGGGAGAAGAUUGCCAUCUACUUCGCCUGGCUGGGCUUCUACACGGCCUGGCUGCUCCCUGCUGCGGCCGUGGGCACCGUGGUCUUCCUCGCAGGCCUGAUUGCCAUGGGAACCAACACGCCCGCGAUUUGACUUGCCAAUUGUGAAAGGUGCCUUUUUAAUGAUCUUAGAAAGGCUCUAGCGGCUGCACCAGCGCGAGCCUCUCCUAAACAAGGCCUGCCAUUUUACUUGCACCUGGCAACUACUCCAGCAAGCACUGGAGCUGUUUUGCUGCAAAACAAAUUGGCCAGGUGAGACCGAUGGCCUAUGGUUCCAAAACUCUCAGUGAGGUGGAGGCGAGGUUUUCAGCUUGCGAACGUGAGGUAUUCGCCCUGGUAUGGUCCCUAACACAUUGGGAAUAUUUAAGUGGCACAGCUCUCAUUGUGGUGAGGACAUGCCAUACUCCAGUAAAAUAUGUCAUCUCUGGAAGAAUUA